GAAAAAAAGGAAAAAAAAGGAAAAAAAAUAGGAAAAAAUAUUAAAAAAGAAUCAAAAACAGAUGAAACAAUACAAAACGACAAAAAAGAAAUAACAUGGAAAAUAGUGACACAAAACAUUAAAGGGUUAAAUGACAAAACAAAACAAAACAUAUUAUGGAACCAAUGUGAAAAAUCAAAAAUCGACAUUAUAUUUUUACAAGAAACCAAUAUCAAAACAAAUUCAACAACAUCUUUCUUCUCACACACACAUACAACACAAAAAAAUGAAAAAUUUCUACUAAACGAACCUGAAACAUAUAAAACUUGGAACUCAUCAAUUGAAAAUA